UUAGCAACCAUUUGGCGAAUAGUUUGUGAGCGUUUGGACACUCAUAUGCGCUUGUGCUGCACACAGUGCUGUCUGGGUAACGUUAGGCAGCGCAAUAGAGUUUGAGACACAACCCAAGUAUAUCCGUUUGGACAGAGAGGGCUGUUCAUCUCCGCUUGUUGUAGAUAGAUAAUGGAGCCAGAAAAUGACCCACAGGAAGAGGAGACUUUCAAAGAGAGUAAUGGUAAGCGUUCUGCUGAGGAUACGGAGGAGGACCAGCCUCAUAAGCGAUCCCGAAACUCUGACGACAUGGUGGAGCUCAGAAUUCUGCUACAGAGCAAAAAUGCCGGAGCAGUGAUCGGAAAGGGUGGGAAGAAUAUUAAAGCUCUACGUACAGAUUACAAUGCCACUGUGUCAGUCCCAGACAGCAGUGGGCCCGAGCGAAUCCUAAGUGUCAGUGCAGAUAUUCCCACGGUGGCUGAGAUAUUGCUGAAGGUCAUACCUACUCUGGAAGAGAGAAGUUCUACAUGUGCAGUGGUUAAAACAAUGCUUCCAAAAGACCCCUUCCGAAAAUUUUCAUAUCAACAUCAUAAUGAUGUGGACUUUGACUGCGAACUGAGGAUGCUAAUCCAUCAGAGUCUAGCUGGGAGCAUCAUUGGCGUGAAGGGCGCUAAGAUUAAGGAACUUCGUGAAAGCACCCAGACCACCAUCAAACUCUUUCAGGAGUGCUGUCCUCAGUCCACUGACCGCGUGGUGCUCGUGGGGGGCAAAGCGGAGCGGGUGGUGCAGUGCAUUAAGACCAUGCUGGAGCUCAUUGUGGAGGCUCCCAUUAAAGGUCGAGCUCAGCAGUACGACCCUAACUUUUACGAUGAGACGUAUGACUAUGGUGGCUUCAGUAUGAUGCAUGAAGAUCGGGGCCGUCGGCCUAUGGGUGGCUUCUCCUCGAGGGGGCGUGGCAGCGGCGGAGGCUUUGAUCGAAUGCCCCCCAGCGGGGGUCGUGGCGGUCACCACAUGCAAAACAGGAGAGACUAUAAUGACAUGAGCCCACGCAGGGGCCCCCCUCCAGCCCAGAGAGGGGGAAGAGGAGGGAGUCGUCCUCACCGAAGCAUUCCCAUGGGACCCCCACACCACAGGAGAGGUGAUGAUCAGUACUCCUACAGCUCCCAGCGUGGCCACAUGGACGAACGGCGGCAUGGGGAAAGACGAGGGCGCAAUGAUCGUUAUGGAGGCAGCAUGAGUGAUGGAUAUGACAACAGUUCAUCUUGGGAUUCCUCUUAUCAGUCUGGUGGAAGGAGCAGUUACACUGAAGGUCCUGUGAUCACCACACAAGUGACGAUUCCUAAAGAUCUGGCGGGAUCCAUCAUCGGUAAAGGCGGUCAGAGGAUCAAGCAGAUUCGCCAUGAGUCCGGAGCCUCAAUCAAAAUAGACGAGCCCCUGCAGGGUUCAGAGGACCGCAUCAUCACCAUCACCGGGACCCAAGACCAGAUCCAGAACGCUCAGUACCUGUUACAGAACAGCGCUCUACACCUCUUGGGACGCCAGAACUGACCAGCCCACCUUUCUCAGGAUGUCCAUCCAGCUGCAGCUCAAGUCCCCGUCAGCACGUGAUGGCCUGACCCUGUCUGUCACCUUCAUAGGAAUCUCUCAUAGAAUCGUACGAGCCCGAGCCCUCUGAUUGUCCUCGAUUUUGGAUUUUGUGGGAUUGUUCUUUCUUUUGCUUUGUUUUUAUAAAUAUUAAUUUUAUAUGGGCCAACUAUCACUUCACAGAAGUCUUGGAUGAGCAGAAAACUGCUGUUGUUGUUUUCCCUUUUGGAGUGAAUGUUUUGUGAGUUAUGAAACUUUUCCACUAUUCCAAACGCUUGAUCCAGGAUGUGCACAGUCACACAACAAUUAUUAUUUUUUCAUUUUUUUACACUUCACUUGUUUUUCUGAGUGUUCUAAAACGGCUAGAUAGAGAAUGAAAUGUAAAUAUCCAAUGAUACUAUGGGAAAUGAUUACUAUGGACAUAAGAAUAUAUCCUUCACACUCUCUGUUCCAUGUGUGUAAUGUUUUAUCCUCAGAAAUACAGAUAAUAUUUUCACCAGGUACUGAAGGCUUGCAGUACUUUGUUGUAUGUUUUUUUUUUUUUCUCCUGUCUGUUGCUGGGUUUUUAAAAUCUAGUGUUUAAAAAUUUGCUCUACCUCUGGAAUUUUUUGUAGGUCUGCCAUCCUAAAAGAAGGCCCACUAUUGUUUUGUUUUUUUAAUAAAGAAGAAGAAAACAAAAGUGGAUUUGAAGUUUUAGACCAUAUUUGUGUCAGAGCAGGACGGUAAUUCAUACGCUCCUAUUCUUUGUUUUAUUUUUCUUAUCUUUAUUUUUUUACUCAAGUUGUCUCUUAAAGUUCUCCAGCCAGGCACAUUUGUAGAGUUUGUCAUUUGUCUGAAAUAAUAAAGGAAUUGCCAUUUUU